GGUGGGCUCUUCAGUAGUGAAAAGGUGGAAAAGUCGUCAUCUGCGUAAUAAAUGUUAAUUUUCUAAACUGUUUCCUCUUCGGGGCGGAAUUUUUCCCAACCACUGUUUGCGCAAUUCGAUCCCGAUCCGGCUGAGUGCUCUCCAACAUGGCCGGCCGAGCUGGUUCAGCCAAAGGAAGAGGAACGGGAGGGGCGGCUAAAUCCAACAACGUAAACAUCGAGGAGGAUGUCCGCAUCGCGAUUCACUACAUGAUCGACAAGUUCGUGCAGGACGAGAAGCUGAGCGAGUUUGAUUUUCCUGCCUCGUUCACCCGGGAGCACCGGGCCUACAUCCACGAGUACGUCAAAAACAAAUCGCUCAAGUCGCGAUCCCAUGGGAAAGGCAAUUUACGUUACCUGACGAUCUACAAAUCGAACAUUCUGUCUCUUAUCCAUGACGAUGCCAGUCUAAAUAUGAGCGAGACCUCGAGCAGGAUGAUCGGAAUGCUGCUGGACAAGCAGGGCGGUUUUCAGAAGGAGAUCGCCGACUCGCAUGCCAGACGGAAGAUCUUUCCUUGCCUGACGGCGUACAGCCUAAACCUAGGUUCACCGAACAAUACCGUCAAGUGCAUCCCGCCGCCGUCGAAUUCCAGCAUGCAGGUCAUCCAGGAGCGUCAACGACUGCCGAUCGCGCCCUACCGAGACGCGAUCCUUAACUGUCUGAACCAGAACCAGGUCAUGAUUCUGUCCGGUAGCACCGGUUCCGGUAAAACUACCCAAAUUCCGCAAUACAUUCUGGAAUCAAGCACACAGCGGGGCGACUCGUGUCGCAUAAUUUGUACGCAACCGCGGCGCCUGUCGGCCAUUACGGUUGCCGAUCGGGUUAGCUUCGAGCGUAACGAACCCGUCGGACACACCGUGGGCUAUCAAAUUCGACUGGAGAGCAAGCUAAGCCCGAUCACUAACCUGAUUUUCUGCACCAACGGCGUUCUGCUGCGAUGUCUGAUGGGCAAGAAUGCGAACAGCAUCCUCAAUGAUGUCACCCACAUCAUCGUCGACGAAGUGCACGAGCGAGAUCAGUACUCGGACUUUUUGCUCAUCUCGCUCAAGGAAAAAGUCCUCCAGCAUACGAACAUUAAGAUUAUCCUGAUGUCGGCCACCAUCGAGUCGAACACAUUUUCGCGCUACUUCAACAACAGUCCGCUGAUCGAAAUUCCCGGCCGGCUGUUCCCCAUCGAAAACUAUUACCUGGAGGAUGUGCUGUUCCGAGUGGACAGCUACAAUGCAAAAAUCAAUGAGGUUAAGCGGCAAUAUAGGAGCACUCCGGACUUCGCUAGGACAAUGUGCCAGCAGAGUCAGCAGCGCCUGGACGGGUUCAACACCGCAAAUAUGGAUGACGAGACGAUUCUGCUGAUGAACGACAUCCUCGAGCUGUGCUGGCUCGAAAAUAAUGCGGAAGAUUUUAAUCACUUUUUCUACCUUGUCGAGGAUGAGAACAAUCCAAUCAACUUCCAGCACACGGAGACGAAGAUGACGGCACUGAUGAUUGCCGCUGCCAAGGGGUAUACCAACGUGGUCAAACGCCUGCUGGAGAUGGGCGCUGACCCGUCUAUUAAGGGCAAACACAACUACACCGCACUGGACUGGACGAUAAGUAUCAACGGUUAUGGCGCCUGUUCUCAGCUGCUGGAAAUGGCCAUCAACCCUCAGCAGCUUCAACAGCAAGCCCUACAGCAACUGCAAUCUCCCCCCAAGCAACUGUCGAAGGUCCUACUCGACGUGUACCACAGCACCGUGAACGACGAAAAGAUCGACCAUCGCUUGAUACUGGAUAUUAUAAUGUACAUUUGCACGCAACUCCCGCCGGGAGCGAUCUUGGUUUUUCUACCGGGCUACGACGACAUCCUAGAGCAGUUCGAAACUCUAAGCAGUCGAAUGAAUGGUUCGAACAAUUUUCGAAUCUACAUGCUGCACAGCAACAUGCCAACGAACGACCAGAAUGCCGUUUUCAAACCUGUUGCACCCAGCACCCGGAAGAUCAUCCUCUCGACCAACAUCGCCGAGACAUCGAUCACCAUCGACGACGUGGUGUACGUCAUCGACAGCGGCAAGGUGAAGCAGAAGCACUACGAUUCGGUGACAUCGACUACAUCGCUAACGGCCACCUGGAUUUCGCAAGCUUGUGCCACCCAGCGAGCUGGUCGAGCUGGCCGAACGAAGCCCGGCAUAUGUUUCCGGCUGUUCACCCGACAGCGGUACGAAUCCAUGGACAAGUUCACCCUACCGGAGAUCCUGCGGGUACCGUUGACGGAAAUCUGCCUGCAAACUUCGAUCAUUGCCAGCCACACAUCGAUUCUUAACUUUUUGAGCAAAGCCAUCCAGCCGCCGUCCCCGAUGAGCAUCAAGCAAAGUAUCAAACUGCUGCAGAAGCUGGGCGCUUUGGAUGAUGACGAAAAUCUCACGGAACUGGGACUCAUCCUGGCCGAUCUCCCCGUGGACGCCCGCUUCGGGAAAAUCCUCCUGUACGGCAUUUUCCUCAAAUGCAUCGAUCCCAUCCUUACGAUAGUUAGUGCCCUCAGUGUUAAUGAUCCUUUUAUACUGCCGACGACGGCGGCCGAUAAGGACCGGGCGGCAAAAUCGAAACGGGACAUGGCCGAGGAUUCUUACAGCGAUUGCCUGUGCUUGUUGCGAGCGUUCCAGAAGUUUAACGAGUCUAGACCAUCGAUGAAAGAGCGCCAGUUUUGCAAUCGUUUCUUUCUCAACUCGGGCACGAUGGACACCAUCUCCAGUUUGCGAAGUAAAAUUCUCGGACAUCUUCGUUCGGUGGGUCUGGUAAGGAACUACGGGCCGGGUAGUAUUCAGGAUCUAAAUCUCCAUUCGGAUAGUUGGGCUGUGGUGAAAGCUUGUUUGGUGGCCGGUUUGUAUCCAAAUGUCUGCCGGGUGGACAAGGAGAAUGCAACGAUCAAAACAAGAAUCGAGAAGAAGAUCAGUCCCCAUCCGAGUUCGGUUAUCCGUGAUAAAUCCCUAAAGAAGAAUAAGGAGAGCAUUCUAUCGCUUCCAUCCGAGUGGAUUGUGUUCGAGGAGAAAACCCGAGCUGGAGCGCACUGUUUGAUCAAGUGCAAUACGGUUGUGGCGCCUGUGACGAUCGCCCUGUUUUGCGGUCCCCUGUUCCUGGUGGAAGAGGAAUCACUGAUACCCUGGAAGGAGCUGGACGAGUCAAAUUCCGACAAUGACGAGCACGAUAUGUCCGACAAAAGUAAGCUGAUUGUGGACGAUUGGAUAAACUUUGCCGUGAACAGUGAUUUCGGUAUGUCCGUGUUCCACUUCCGGCACAAGCUGAGUGCACUAUUCCUCAAGUUCAUCAGUAACCCCCGGGGCUAUGCACACAAUGCAAGUGACGUGUACCUGUUGAAUACGGUAGCCCGUGUGCUGGAGGAGGAAGAGCGGCACCUCGGAUUUGCCGGCCACGCAAACAUCGGCCAAAAGCCGCGACCUCCGCUGUCGAGUAAUGUGAUGGACGUGAAAAACGGCGCGCUAUCGAAUGCGUACUUCUCGCCGAACGACUUCAAGCAUGGACCGGGCGGUCACAGUAACAACAAUAACAACAACAAUGUCAACCACGGUGGCAAACACCAGAACCGGCAUCAAAAUCAGCAUCACCACCACCACGGCGGGGGCAGCGGUGGCGGCGGUGGUGGUGGUGGCGCUGGCGUCGGAGGUAGUAAUAAGCAACACCAGAACAACAAUAACCACAACAAGAAACAUGAAAGCAAAGUGAGAUACUUCAUCGUACAUGCGGAAUCGGUUGAGCAGGUCCAACAGGUGGCGGACAGCCCGGACGAAGGCUGCUGGAGUUUCAACGCUACGCUGCAACCCAAGCUGACCAAACUGUUGAAGAGAACUUCCAACCUUAGCAUUAUCCUGUUUUUCCACAUAUCACAAAGUAAAUGCUUUUACGGGACAGGCAGGCUCACUCUGGUAUCGAACCAAACGAAUCUGAACAUCUGCUCUCGGAGCACGGUAUCUUUCGAUACACUAAGUAAUUUUGAAAAAAGUUUCCUGCGGGGUAGAGUCCUGGAGCAAUAUCUGGACGGCGAGGAGUUGUCUCCCCUUUCCGGGCAGGAGUUGUUGGAGUAUUUCAAGUGAACCACUUAACUUGAACGUCUCAUUAAAUCCGUUGCAAUGAUAUUCAGUAAGGGCAAACAAAUACACAUACACAGAUACACUCUCUUUUAUCACACACACACCCACACACUUACAUACACGAAACAAAUUAACAAGAAAAAAAAACAAAAAGAAAAGUUUCACUGCAAUGAAACCAUACAGUAACUUGUUCACUUACAGCAGAAUAGUUAUUACAAAAAAACAAAUAAAAGAAUUAAAGUACAGACCACGUGAUCACUUUCUCUUAUAAUCUAUAGUUUACGUAUUAUUGUAUCUUGCGUCGAAGGCGAAAUGUAAAAAAAGAAGAAACUAUUUGGGGGUCGAAUUCAGCGCUCUUGAUAAAAAAGCUAAUGAGACAGACAAAAGUAUCAUCCAUUCACGUAAUACAAAAAAAAAAAACAAAACAAAACGAUACGAGGAAUUCUAAACUGAACCAGAUUGAACGGAACAGAGCAGAAUGGUAACAAAAGAACAAAACAAACAAACAACAUUGAACAUGAUGAUGAUGAUGAUGAUGAUAACGAUGAUAGCAGCAAACAGAAAUGUACUAUUAAUUUAAAUUAAAUUGUAAAAGUGAAAUAAAAACUGAAAACUUUUAAAGUUAUCAAUGUGAAACCAGAAUAACCAGAGUU